AUGACUUCUGCGCUCGGUUCCUUCGUCUAUUGUCUCAUUCUCGCUAUUUCACUGGCACUAGGUUUGUCUUCACUCACGGUCGUCGGCAUCUGUGCCUAUCGAUUAUGGCUCCACCCUCUCUCCAAAUACCCCGGGCCCUUCUGGGGGAAAAUCACCAAUCUUCACGCCGCGUACCACUCGUGGAAAGGCGACUUGCAUCUUGAUAUGUGGAGAUGCCAUGAGAAAUAUGGCGACCACAUUCGUUACGGUCCCGAUCGUCUCAUAUUCAACACCGCUGAUGAAUUCGUCCUAGAUGUCUACUCCUCUGGCAAGGACGUGCAUAAAUGCAAAGGCUACCUUACCAUGAUGCAUCGAGUCCCCAAUACCAUCACCCAACGCAACAAGACCCUCCACGCAAGACAACGCCGACUUUUGAGCCACGGAUUCUCCGACGCUGCACUCCGGUCCUACGAGGAGACCAUCGAUCGUCACGUCCAACGGCUUUGUGAAAAACUUGGUCCUGACGACUGCGAAUCUGAUGAGAAUUGGUCUUGCGCAAAGGAUAUGUCAAAAUGGACUGGGUACAUCACUUUUGACAUCAUGCUAGACAUCAUCUACGGCCGCCAAAGUGCGAUGAUUACCAAAGCAGAGAACAGGUAUCUCCUUGAAGCCAUUGAGAAGUCAAAUAUCCGAGUCGGAGUCCUGAUGCCGCUUUGGCAUCUUAAAGGCAGCUUUAUCGAGCGAUAUCUGUUUCCGAGCUCCAUUGUGGCGCGAUAUGAAUUCCUUGCCUUCGUCAAGAAUCUUCUCAAAACCAAGGACGAUGAAGGGGCUGAUGCUUCAUGGAGGCAGAGUGUAUACUCGAUCCUGAAGGGAUCGGAGGGCAAGGAGGGCCUCGGACCAAAUGAGAUUGCGGCCGAGUCAACGAACCUAAUUGUAGCAGGCUCUGACACGACCUCUACAGUUCUCGCUGCCGCCUUGUUUUAUUUAUCUCGCGAUCCAACUGCAUAUGCGAAAGUGGCAGCAGAGGUCCGGUCUUGCUUCCACCGCCCUGCCGACCUCCACAAUCGUUCUCUUCUACAUUCAUGUCUCUACCUCCGGGCGUGCAUUGAAGAAAGCAUGCGCAUGGCGCCACCGAUCGCAUCCGCCCUUUUCCGUGAGGUAGAUUCCGGUGGCACCAUUAUUGACGGUCACUUCAUCCCCGCCGGCAUUGACAUCGGCACUUCCAUUUACAGCAUCCAUCACAACAGCCAAUAUUUCCCAGAGCCCUUCCAAUUCCUCCCGGAGCGCUGGCUGCCACUGAAAGACGGAAGUAAUCAGAAAGAUGUCCAAGGUGCACACAGCGCCUUCAUGCCCUUCUCCAUCGGCUCGCGCGGCUGCAUUGGCAAAGUGUUGGCCGUGAUGGAGCUCCACAGCAUCCUAGCCAACCUGCUAUUCUUCUUCGACUUCCGUGUUGCAGAGGGCGACGUAGGGGCCAUUGGUGAAGGGAAGAAGGAUGCAGAGUGGGGAAGGCAUCGGGAGGGUGAGUAUCAACUGUAUGAUCAUCUCACAGCGAUGAAGUAUGGUCCUUUCCUUCAAUUUCGUAAACGCGAGCUGUAGAAGACGAUUCUACACUAGCAUUUACUCCAACUUGUCGGCGGAAGAUAGAGCCGGCCUACUUCAUCUGCCCCUAACGAGUUCAAUGAC